AUGUCUCAGAGAUCUCUUGAUUAUUUUAUAAAUCCAUCAAACUUGCUUUACAUAAUAUAUCUACUUCAUUUUGCUCAAUAUCUACUUCAUUCUGCUCAUCAUCUAUCUCUCUCCUUCUGCACAUCAUCUAUCUCUCCUUCUCAUUAUCUAUCUCUCCAUCUCAUUCUUUACUUUCUUCUCUUUCUUUUUAUUUCUUUCACUUCUCUCUAUAUGUUUAUAUCAGUUCUUUUUAUUAUUUCACUUUUCCAUUGCCUUUUUUCUUCAAUCUAUUUUCCUAUUCACCUCUGCUUAUCUGGUUUUGUCUUUGUCUUUACCCUUUUGUUUUUGUUUUCAUCUUCUCUCUUUUUUAUCCCUUUUCACUUUCUUUGUCUCCUUUCCCUUUUCACUUUCUUUGUCUCCUUUCCCUUUUCACUUUCUUUGUCUCCUUUCCCUUUUCACUUUCUUUGUCCCCUGUUCUUUUUCUAUUCUAUCUUUCCCUUUUAUUUUUUCCUCCUGCUCAUUUUGUCUUUCUUUUAUGCUUGCCCUUUUUCUUUCUUUUUUCUCCUUUACUUUUUUCUUUCUUUUUGUAAUUUUCUCUUUUUUCUUCUUUCCCCUUUGUCUUUUUUCCACCUGCUCUUUUUCUUUCUUUUCCUCCUGUUUCAUUUGUUUUUUUUUCUGUCCUUUUUUUCUAUCUUUCUUUCUUUUCCGCCUUUGUCUUUCUUUUCCUCCUCUUGUUCUUUUUGUCUUUCUUUUCCUCCUCUUGUUCUUUUUGUCUUUCUUUUCCUCCUCUUGUUCUUUUUGUCUUUCUUUUCCUCCUCUUGUUGUUUUUGUCUUUAUUUUCCUCCUCUUGUUGUUUUUGUCUUUCUUUUCCUCCUCUUGUUGUUUUUGUCUUUCUUUUCCUCCUCUUGUUCUUUUUGUCUUUCUUUUCCUCCUCUUGUUCUUUUUGUCUUUCUUUUCCUCCUCUUGUUCUUUUUGUCUUUCUUUUCCAUCUUUCUCUUUCAUUUUUAUUUUUCUCCUUUCUCUUUUGUCUUUCUUUUUCUCACUUACAGUGGAUCUUUAUUUUCCUCUUUUCUCUUUGUUCUCCUCUUUCCUUUUUGCUUUUGUUUUCUUCCUUUUCUGUUUUUUUUUUUUUUCCUUUCCCUUUUGGUUUUGUUUUGCUCUUUUCAAUUUUGUCUUUCUACUUGCCUCUUCAUUUCUUCUCUUCCUUUUUUCUUCUUUUCCAUUUUUCACUCUUUUGUCUUUCUCCUUUCCCUUUUAAUUUCUUCCUCUUCCUUUCUUUUUCCUUUUCAUGUCAUCUCCCCUCUUUCUUUUUCACCUAUUUUUUUGUUCUUCACCUUUAAGUUCAAUUUCUCGCUCUCUUCCCACUACCACCAACCAACGUUUUAUUUUGCAAAAUUUCAUUAA